CGCGCGGGAAUCAAUUGACUAAAAAGCAACAGUGCAUACAACAGCUCGAGAAACUGUAAAUUUGACGAUAUAAACGCUAAUAUCGAGUGCUAGCUUCGUUUAUUAUGAGACUGUAAGCGCCGGAUAUAAUUAUUCGUCCUGGUCUGGUUAUUUUGGGCGUGUGUGUGAUUUGUAAACACAGAAUGAAGUCUGUAAGGAGCAGUAAAGUGAAGCCCGCGGCUAAUAGAGAAGAGGAGUGCGGAGUAUGGCUGGACACAAAAGAACUCAAAGAAAAGAAACAACAGAAACAGCUGACCCGUCCGGCCUCCAGAUUCCGCUCUCCUCUGUCUGGAUCAGGACUCUAUAAUGUGGCGCUGAUGAGCUUCACUCAGACCAAACUCAACAUGCCCAUCACCAGACAGAGCACCAUAUCAACAUUCUUCUCUCCCAAACCCAUAGACUGUAACCCUGAGACAAACUCCGGCACCAAACGAAAACAUGGCAUCAGUUUAGAUCCAUCAGUAGACUCGAUCAUUCACUCAUCAGAGGAUGGAGAUUCAGAAGAAACAUCAGCCAACGAUACAAAACAUCAGCGUUUUCUUCAUUUCAUAAAUGGAGAAGAUCCAGAAGAAGAACAACCGCCUGAAAAAAGGAGACUCAUUUCUUAUUACACGGAUCUAAAUAUACCAGACACACAAGAAUACAGUAAUCAAGAUGCUGGAAAUGAAUAUACAAAUCAGAUCAUGCCUGAAACCGAGACUGAAAAUCCACAAAAUAAACACUUCAUUCACUCUCCAAGUCUAAACAUUGAACAUCUAAGAGAUCAAAAAUCAUCAUUUAAGGCGUCCAUCUUAACAUCCAGAUCUGGAAAUGAACACAAACCACAUGCAAAUCUUAAUAAAGAGCCAAAACCGAAAGCAUCUCCAUUGAAACGAAUGGGAAAAGAGAACAGCUCACCUAUUAACACUCCAUCGUCUCCUUUCAAGCUUAAAGUAAUCUCCAGCCCAUCCAAACGCAGAUUAAAGGAGAAAUGCAGUUCUUUGCCCAGUAAUCCGUGUAAGCAAGAGAGUGUUUCAUCGAUGUUUACGCAGGACUCUGAAGGUUUCUGUGUGAUCGCUCACCGUGAUCAGCGUUUGCAGAGCGCAGAUCUACAGUCUGCAGAUUACAGGAGCAGUCAAGAGGAAGAGUCAGACGCAGAGAUGCUCUUUACUCAGGAUUCAGAGGGAAACAUGGUCAUCAAACACUGACAUUUACAAAAAAAUUGCAUAAAAACGGGACUGCUGUGUCUGUUAUUGAUUUAUUUUGAAGCUGUUGACUUUAUAUUAUUGUAUUAAAUGUGUGAGAUGGUGUAGAAACAAACUAUUUUUAAAGAUGUAAUCAAUGAAAUUACUAAUAAAAUCCUGAAACGUCGUCAUCUUGAUUUCGUGCUGCAUUAUAAGUGAUACUGGCAUAUUUAAAGGGGCAGUUCACACUAAAAUA